CGAGUCAGUCGAUAAAAAAUGUCACAAAGUUACGGAGGAGAAGACAGGAUUCUUUCAUCAGAUCCAGGACCGUCGACCAGAAAUCAGAUCUGUGAGGUAUGUGAUGAGAGAGGUCACUCUGAUGAAACAUGUCCGUUGGUAGUUAAAGCCAAAUAUAACUACGAAGCACAUCGAAGUAAAGCAACCAUUAAAUUUGAACAUGAAACAUCUAUUUCUGCGAUAGUCACAACACCAGGGACAGAAAUUGCAAAACAGUGCAAAAAGUGCAAGAAGGCCGGAAUCGGAGCGAACAAAAACGGUCGUAAAUGGAACGAAGUAUGCUCAUGCUCAAAACCAUCACCAGAAAUAAAGCCAAUUAAAGGAUUCAACGAGCUCAAUCUCGAUGAAAAUAUGCAAUUAAACAUUGUCGGCAGGAGUCGGUGUGGCUUCAAAGUUCCCACCCCGAUCCAACGAUACGCCCUACCUAUUAUUAUAAAGGGAUUUGAUGUAAUGGGCUGUGCUCAAACAGGAACAGGAAAGACUGCAGCAUACCUUAUUCCAAUGAUAAAGUUAGUCAAAGAAAGGGGCUUCAGGAAAGUACAAGUGGGAUGGGAUGAACCUCAGAAGCCAGAGGUUCUGAUAAUCGCUCCUACUCGCGAAUUAGCCCAACAGAUUCACGAAGAAGCUCUUAAGCUCACAUUGAAUGUGAGACCUCCUUUUGGGAUCAAAGUCGUAUACGGAGGAGCAAAAACAAAGUUCCAACGUAGUAAAAUCAGGCAAGGCUGCAACAUAUUGAUUGGAACUCCGGGUAGAAUAAAACAUUUCAUCGACGACUACACAAUAAGCUUGGAGAAUACAGAGUUCCUGGUUCUAGACGAAGCUGAUAAAAUGAUCGACGAUGGUUUCCGGUCAGACAUAGACGAAAUUGUCAGACUUACUGAUAUGCCAGAAAAAGAAGAUCGCCAGACUCUCAUGUUCAGUGCAACUUUCAGAUCAGAUCUCCAAGAACUAGCAGCCGCCUCCAUGAGAGAAGAUUUUAGAUUGAUCGAAGCGGGCGUAAUUGGAUCGGCACAGCCAAAUAUUACACAGAAUUUUGAAUUUGUGGAAACAGCUGCUCAAAAACCAAGUAUGCUUAACCAAAUUCUGCUGGAUAUUCAAUGCUGGAACGAGUUAACUUUUCUUGAAUGCAGCUGCUGGAAAAAGGAGCGAAAUGAAUUCAAUACAGCUGCAGGUAGUGAUCAGCCAAACAUAGGACUCUUCCUUUUGCAUGUCUUAGGUAAAUGUUCCCAAGAAAAGAUUCUCAUCUUCGUUGAGACCAAAUCAAAAGCCCAGCAACUUGCAGACUCUAUUUCUGAACAUCUUUACAGAAACUUUAGAGCUCGUUUCAUGACAAAGAAAAAGUUUAAACAUUUUUACAACGAUGGUGAUGAUCAAGAUCUUAUCGAAAAUUUUGGAGCUAUAAGUUUUCAUGCUGAUAAAGAUCAGUAUAACCGUGAAACAGCUUUGUCUUUAUUCAACAGAGGAGUUUAUCCUAUUCUAGUGGCAACAAAUGUAGCAGCAAGAGGACUCGAUAUAGAAGGAGUAACCUAUGUGAUCAACUACGACCUUCCAAUGAACCUUAGCGACCUUGGAAAGUACCAGAAGAUCGACACAAAAGCUCUGAAAGAUAGAGAAAUAAAAGAGAGACCAGUCCGAAAUCAGUUUGAGGAAUACAUACACAGAAUUGGGCGAACUGGCCGAGCAGGCAAAAAAGGAGAAUCAAUUUCAUUCUUCCAGUUAGAUAAAGAUCGUCAUUUAGCCGAACCCUUCAGACACAUGUUAGCGGAAGCCGAACAGAGUGUUCCUGAGUGGCUUGGAGAAAUAGCCGACAGUGAAUGGUCUAUUCGGAAUGCUAGAAGAAAGAAAAACGCAAGUGAAAGACCAGCACCAUCAGCAGUUGCGGGAUUGUCACGAGGUCCUGUCGCAAAAGAAUGGGAUGAUUCAAACGGGCCCUGCAGUGAUGAACUCUGGAAAAAAGAACCUUAAACUUGUGAUUGUGCCAAUGUGCCUGAUAGUUCGAUAAACUGUCUUCAUAUUAACACAAAUCAUCUGAUAUGAUAAGAACUAAUAAACUGUUUCGAUGCCUUUAAUUCAAGAGCAGUUGAUAGAGUAGCCGUUAAUUAUUACUUAAUUUGAUUUACUGUUCAUACAAUUAAUAAAACUGUUAGUUAAUUGUGUUUAAAGAAAUUAGAAUAAAUAUUAACCAUCUUCUUUUCAAACAUUUAUUGGUUUAUUUAUCCGCAUGCACUGAUAUUUUU